AUGCAGGUGUUCAGGGGUCCCGCGCCAUUCGGCAGGCCGGGUCGUUCCCGGGGACGCCGGCCCGCGUGUGCACCUCCGGGUUUCGAACGCCGACCAGGACCUGUCAAAGCCCGCUCCUCCCAGGGCGGGGGCGCCGAGAGGCCCCGGCUCCGAGUCCCUGGGGUGCCCGAGGUCCGCGUGGACCGUCUCCCGCCCCAGCUCAGCGUCGCGGCCUGCUCCCGGCGCCCGCGCGGGCCUCGCUCGAGAGGCGGGCCGGGCAUUGCAGUCCCCCGGGCCCGGACACAAAGCGGCCCAGGGAGAGCCCGCCUCACCUGCAGCACUGGGCGCCGCGGGCCUUCCAGAACCAUCGGACCCCGCUCCGGCGCGCGCGUCACAGGCCAGGCCUCCCGGUGCCGCCCGGCGCCGCCGCCGCCGCCGCCAUUUCCUGCCGCUCGCCGUCGCCUCGUCCCCGCUGUCAGGUUACUCCAUUUACCUGAGCCCGGAGCCGCCCGCGCCUCACCGCGCCGCGCCCCGACCCCCUCCCGCCCGCGCCUGCGGAGACUGCGCAGCGCCCUGCUCGCCCGCAGCCCGCGCUCGGCCCGCGGCGACGGCGCACAGCGGCUUGGAGAAUCCCACCGGCGUCGCGCCGCCGCUCCGCGCCCCCUCGCUUGCUCGCCCCGCGGCCACAUGAAAGCCGCCCUGUGAUUGGACGGAGUGCGGAGGUGAAAGGUUAAUCCUGGCCCUCCAGCCACUCAGGAGCUAGGAAACAGCAGUCUCGGGCCGAGGCGGCGUCUGCGGCCCAAUGCGAAGACCUAGCUGUGUAAGGCAGUUAGCCCAGCCGGGCAGCGGUGCUUCUGACCCCGCCGCAGCUACCGCUGUCGCCGCCGCGGGCCACGCAGUCUGGGCUUGGUCAAGAGGAGCCUCUCAGCGCUUGGGGACACCCCCCCCCCUUGAUGGUGACACCUUGACGGGCCCAUGUCCCUGAUCACAAGCCCUGCUGCUCGGCCUUUGGGUCCUCAGAAUUGAACCAACCCUUGGACAUCCAGAAAAUGUUGUCGGUGUGCAAAGGCUUGGUCUGAGCCUUCUGCCGCUCCUCCUUGCUCAGAGGCUAACUUAAAAAACCAUCUUAGUGAUGGCCUCUCCCUGCUUCCCGAUGCAGGCAUCUCUUCCAGAUGAUCUGUUGGCAUUUCGGUUGGAUCGGGAUGGGGAUGGGUCAGGUAUCCUGGAGCUGGGGAGCCACAGAAUACUGAGUGUUACAUAGCUCAGAUGGAAAGGUAUCCUGGAGCUCCGGAGCCAAGGACCACCACAGGUUGCAUCUCUCAGGACCAGCUUAAAGCCAGCAAGAUGACUCAGCCAGUAAAAUGCCUGCACUGCCAAGUCUGACAACCUUGAGUUCAAAUCCUGGGACCUACCUAAAGGUGGAAAGAGAACUGACCCCUUAAAGUUACCCUCUUACCUCCACACACAUUGUUGCAUCCUCCUCCCGGCACACACACAUCUCCAAAGUAAAAGCUUUUGUUUUUUAAAGCCAGCUGGGCUUAUCCAUUCGCAAAUGUUUCUGAUUUUAUUGUUCAUCUUUAAAAUAGCUGGAGAUUACUGUGGUCCAUCUGUCUUUCAAAUUAAAAAAUGAGUUUGGACUAUCUAAGCACGAGGAGGAGAUUGAGAUAGCAAAUUCACAGAUGAAGGCCAGCCUGAGCUACAUACCAAGGCCCUGGUACAUAUAUAUAUAUUAUAUAUAUAUAUAUAUAUAUAUUGUGUGUGUAGAUGGAUGUGUGCAUACCCAUAAAGGGUCAUCUUGGCUUAUGAGUUGGACAGUGUCCUGCUCUCAAGAACAUCGCCUUUCAGAAGCACAGCUGCAGCAGGGACUCCUCCCAGGGGCCACCUAACUCACACACUGACCUCCUCUGGAAAGACCCUCACCAACAAGCAACGAAUCAAAACGCACCAGUUUCUUCCCAUGAUUCAGCCUUCUAGUCCUCAGAUGCACCUCACUUUCCAUCAGGAGUUCCACGUUUUAGAACAUCGAUAUUUGGGACUAAUCUUCAAGAACUGUGAAUUCGGGGCUCCUGGUCAUUGAACCCAGGCCUCAUGCAUGCUAGGCAAGUGCUUUCUAUAUACCUUGCUCGGUUUGGGGGUUUUAGAGCUGACCCAUAAUAAGCUUUGAGUUUUUGCAAUAUUCAGGACUUUAGCAUUUGAGAUGCAUUGUACAGGGUUAUGAUCAGCAGCCAUGAAAAAUAAACAGUAAAAAAAGAGUCUGCUCCCUACACCCAUUCUCAUGCCCCAAGAGCAAGCCAUUGUUUCCUACUCACUCUUCAAACUUGCCUUCACACACAAGUCAAGAUACUGAUUUAUUCUGUCUUCUUCAUCUAUAAAAACCCCAGUGUGCAUUUA